AACAGGAGCUGUCUCCUGCCAGCACCCUCCAGCAGGAGGCACCAACACUCACGUUUCCUGAUUACGCCCAGGAUCCUUCCCCUGAAGUAUGUGGAGCUACAAAUCUAUGACCGGACCCAGCGCAUCCUUCGGGUGAGGACAGUGACAGAAAAGAUUUACUACCUGAGGCUCCACGAGAAACAUCCACAGGCUGUGUUUCAGUUCUGGAUCCGCUUGGUGAAAAUUUUGCAGAAAGGUCUGUCUAUCACCACCAAAGACCCGAGGAUCCAGUUCACUCACUGCCUGGUGCCCAAGAUACCCAGCUCCUCCAUUGAAACAACACCUGAGUGCAGCCUGCCGUCAUCCUCCCAGGCCAGCGAGACCAUAAUGCUGCUGGCAGCUGAGCGGGCCAGCGGCAGUCUCUUAGGACUCUCAGAGAGAUACAAGCUCACAGGAGACAGGUGGGUCCUGUGUG